GCUUACAAACGGGCGCUGCUUUCCUCCACCUUUAGGUCUACGUGUUCCCUUCGAUCAUCUUCAUCAUGAUCCUCUGGACCGUAACCGUUUUGUCCUGCUGUUGUGUCUUCUUUGCCGAAGAGUGUUUAUCAACACCUUUAAUAACCCAAUCUAAGUUGAGUAACAAGCAUGGAUUGGAGUUCUUAAGGCAUAGAUUUCAAUCCAUCGAUAAACCAGAGGGUGUUUCAAGUAGACGUAGGCGAUCAAGUGAGACAGCCAUAAUAGAAUGCAUGGAAAUGAUAACGGAAGAAGGCGUGUUUUAUCACACGGCGAGCCACGUGAACAACACGUGUGGGAUUUACAUAUUUACAGCACCAGAUGAAAAAAUCGAGUUGAAAGUGUCCUAUUUGGAUGUACCAUGUGAAAACGAUGGAGCGAUUAGCCUUUUAGACGGGUGGGAGAUGAAUGGGGAGAUAUUCCCAAACGAGUUUGAUCAUCCAAAUCCAAAUAGUCGAGUUUUAGAAGUUUGCGGGCGUAGAAAAAUCAAAGAUGGUUUCAGGACCACGCAAAACGCGGCCAUGAUUUUAUAUAGGAUGCCUCGCAGGAACAGCGGGUUUCGUUUUUCAAUAAGGUUCUUGAAAAAUCCAAGACCUUGUAAUGUAUUGCUACAAGAUUUCGAAGCAACAUUAACACUCCGUAACUACGCUUCAAGAUCGAAUUGUACAAUUGUCAGUUUAUUUCCGGCUGAAGUUCGUGUUUUAAGUUUAAGCGUUGGUGUUGUUUCAACGAUGGGCAAAGGGAUCGAGCUUGAAACUGGCACCGUUCACAAGGUGCGGUUACAGUGCAAUAAAAGAGGUCUGGAUGAUUUUCUACAAAUUGGAGGUUCCACAUCACUCGAUACUUCUCAAUUACUUUUAACAGAUGCCGUUUGCGGUAUGGAUUCAAAAGCCAGUAGACAUACAGAAGUCAUCAAUUGCGACUAUACGGUCGUGCGGUUAGUGUCCAGUGGAGCUUUCGACAAUUCCGUCAUCAUCACAAUGAAAAUAGUAUCCAGUGGUGAUCAAGCAACUUUUAAUUGUCCAAAAAUUGAGGUUUAAUCUAUGGUGGCAUAGAUUAUAUUCAUGGAUACUUCCGGUGUCCAAAUACAAACAGUAUUAUGAGGUGCACAUCCCAUUUACAAAAAGAAUUAUAAAAUAAAAAUAUGUGUGUGUGUUAAAGUCUUUAAACGUACACCUUCUUAACAUUAAUUGUAUUAAAUCGUAGAAGAAACGCAGCAGAAACUAUGCUACAUAAUGUACUUCUUAGAUGUAGAUGUGUACAAAAUAAAAAAAAUUUCAACAAUCAAAAAAGAAAACGGGUGAAGUUUU